CGGUUGCCAGGGCGACGGGAGCUUCCAAGAACCGCUGAUUUUGGCGAUUGGCGACUUAGAAACUAGUUUCCAGUUGUGAGCUUUGGCGUUUGGGGUCGUCCUCUCGGGAACUCCAGGAUGUUCUUUUACCUGAGCAAGAGAAUUGCCAUUCCCAAUAAUGUGAAGCUGAAAUGUAUAUCUUGGAACAAGGAUCAAGGAUUCAUAGCAUGUGGUGGUGAAGAUGGAUUACUGAAAGUUUUGAAAUUAGAGACGCAGACGGAUGAUGCAAAAUUGAGGGGUCUUGCAGCUCCUAAUAACCUUUCUAUGAAUCAGAAUCUUGAAGGUCAUAGCGGUUCUGUUCAGGUUGUCACAUGGAAUGAACAAUAUCAAAAGUUGACUACCAGUGAUCAAAAUGGGCUUAUCAUUGUUUGGAUGUUUUACAAAGGGUCUUGGUAUGAGGAAAUGAUCAACAACAGAAAUAAGUCGGUGGUUCGCAGCAUGAGCUGGACGGCCGACGGGCAGAAGAUCUGCAUCGUGUACGAAGACGGGGCUGUGAUCGUCGGCUCCGUGGAUGGGAAUCGCAUUUGGGGGAAAGACCUGAAGGGCGUACAGUUAUGGCACGUAGCAUGGUCCGCAGACAGUAAAGUCUUGCUUUUUGGGAUGGCAAAUGGAGAAAUACACAUUUAUGACAGUCAAGGGAAUUUUAUAAUGAAAAUGAAGCUGAAUUGCUUGGUGAACGUCACGGGCGCGAUCAGCAUUGCCGGGAUCCAGUGGUACCACGGCACGGAGGGCUACGUGGAGCCCGACUGCCCCUGCCUCGCCAUUUGUUUUGACAACGGGCGGUGCCAGAUAAUGAGGCACGAGAAUGACCAAAAUCCCGUUUUAAUCGACACUAACAUGUUCGUCGUGAGCAUCCAGUGGAACCACACGGGCAGCGUGCUGGCCGUGGCAGGCUCCCAGAGGGCCGCCGCCCAGGAGGGCGACGCCAACAUCGUGCAGUUCUACACUCCCUUCGGUGAGUCUCUAGGCACUUUGAAGGUUUCUGGAAAGCAGAUCUCUGCACUGUCUUGGGAAGGAGGUGGGCUGAAAAUUGCACUAGCUGUUGAUUAUUUUAUAUACUUUGCAAAUAUUCGACCUGAUUAUAAGUGGGGUUAUUGCUCAAAUACUAUAGUUUAUGCUUAUACCCGACCUGAUCGUCCGGAGUACUGUGUUAUAUUUUGGGAUACAAAAAACAAUGAGAAAUACAUUAAAUAUGUGAAGAGUCUCAUUUCUAUUACAACCUGUGGAGAUUUCUGCAUUUUGGCUACGAAAGCUGAUGAAAAUCAUCCUCAGGAGGAGAGCGAGAUGGAAACAUUUGGUGCAACGUACGUGCUUGUUCUUUGUAAUUCUAUUGGUACACCUUUGGAUCCCAAAUACAUUGAUAUUGUACCAUUGUUCGUUACAAUGACCAAAACCCACGUGAUUGCAGCUUCAAAAGAAGCAUUUUAUACCUGGCAAUAUCGUGUGGCAAAGAAGCUCACGGCUUUGGAAAUUAAUCAGAUGAUGCGGUCUCGCAAAGAAGGAAGAGAAAGAAUUUAUCAUGUUGAUGAUACUCCUUCUGGAUCAGUGGAUGGGGUGCUUGAUUAUAGUAAAGCCAUUCAAGGCACGAGGGAUCCAAUUUGUGCCAUAACUGCAUCUGAUAAGACCUUGAUUGUGGGUCGUGAAUCUGGCACCAUUCAGAGAUACAGCCUUCCUAAUGUUGGUUUGAUUAAAAAAUAUUCCCUUAAGUGUCGAGCCAACCAGCUAUCGCUGAACUGCAACUCCAGCCGCCUGGCUAUCAUCGACAACUCAGGGGUGCUAACUUUCUUUGACUUGGACGUACGGGUAACAGACAGUACAGGUCAGCAAGUCACUGGCGAGCUGUUAAAACUGGAGCGAAAAGACGUCUGGGAUAUGAAGUGGGCCAAAGACAAUCCUGACUUGUUUGCAGUGAUGGAGAAGACAAGAAUGUACGUUUUCAGAAACUUGGAUCCCGAGGAACCCAUUCAGACUUCUGGAUAUAUUUGUAACUUUGAGGAUUUAGAAAUUAAAUCAGUUUUAUUGGAUGAGAUACUAAAGAAUCCAGAACAUCCGAACAAGGAUUAUGUAGUUAACUUUGAGAUUCGGUCCCUGCGAGAUAGUCGAGCUCUGAUCGAGAAGGUUGGAAUCGAAGAUGCGUCUCAGUUCAUAGAGGACAAUCCGCACCCCCGACUUUGGCGCCUCCUGGCUGAAGCAGCCCUUCAGAAACUGGAUUUGAACACGGCGGAGCAAGCAUUUGUGCACUGCAAAGAUUACCAAGGCAUCAAGUUCGUGAAGCGCCUGGGCAACCUCCAGAGCGAGUCCAUGAAGCGGGCGGAGGUCGCCGCCUACUUCGGCGGGUUCGAGGAGGCCGAGAGGAUGUAUCUCGAUAUGGACAGAAGAGAUCUCGCUAUAGGCCUCCGGCUGAAGUUGGGAGACUGGUUUAGGGUCCUCCAGCUCCUGAAGACUGGAUCCGGUGACGCCGACGACAGUCUCCUUGAACAGGCCCACAAUGCCAUCGGAGACUACUUUGCUGACCGACAGAAGUGGUUGAAUGCUGUACAGUAUUACGUGCAGGGCCGAAACCAGGAGCGCUUAGCUGAAUGCUAUUAUAUGUUAGAAGAUUAUGAGGGAUUGGAGAGUCUUGCUAAUUCACUUCCAGAAAACCACAAGUUACUUCCAGAAAUAGCACAAAUGUUUGUGAGGGUUGGAAUGUGUGAACAAGCAGUGACUGCAUUUUUGAAAUGCAGUCAGCCAAAGGCAGCGGUAGAUACCUGCGUGCAUCUCAACCAAUGGAAUAAAGCUGUUGAAUUGGCUAAAAAUCAUAGUAUGAAAGAAAUUGGACCCCUGUUAGCGAGGUAUGCGGCUCAUUUAUUAGAAAAGAAUAAAAUUCUUGAUGCCAUAGAACUCUACCGGAAAGCCAAUUACUUUUAUGAUGCUGCUAAACUGAUGUUUAAGAUUGCAGAUGAAGAGGCGAAGAAAAGAACCAAGCCGCUGCGGGUUAAGAAGCUCUACGUGCUGUCAGCUUUGCUAAUAGAGCAGUACCAUGAGCAGAUGAAGAGUGUCCAGCGAGGGAAAGCUAAAGGGAAGAGCUCGGAGGCCACGUCGGCUUUGGCUGGUCUGCUGGAAGAAGAGGUUCUGUCCACAACCAGCCGGUUCACAGACAACGCGUGGAGAGGGGCGGAGGCCUACCACUUCUUCAUACUUGCUCAGAGGCAGCUCUACGAGGGCUACGUUGACACCGCCCUGAAGACAGCGCUUCACCUGAGAGACUACGAAGACAUCAUCCCCGCUGUGGAGAUCUACUCUCUGUUAGCGCUCUGCGCAUGUGCCAGCAGGGCUUUUGGCACUUGUUCGAAAGCGUUCAUCAAACUUGAGUCUCUAGACAGCCUCAGUUCAGAACAGAAACAGCAAUACGAAGAUCUUGCUCUAGAAAUCUUCACCAAACAUACUCCGAAAGAUAACAGAAAAUCGGAGCUGGACAGCCUUCUUGAAGGAGGGGAAGGGAAACUUCCAACCUGCGUUGCCACAGGAAGCCCCAUCACCGAGUACCAGUUCUGGAUGUGCAGCGUGUGCAAGCACUGUGUGCUGGCUCAGGAGAUCAGCAACUACAACUUCUGCCCCUUGUGCCACAGUGCGGUGGGCUGAAGAGUGACGAAGUGCGUGAACCUGUAAAAUACAUGUAGUGUACAUGCACAGCUGUGACUGUGUUGUUUAAUAUUUUAUGUAAUUUUGUGUCAAACUAUGAUGAUGAAAUAAUGAUGCUGAUUUUUCAUAUAAAAUGUAUGGAAGUCAACCUUA